AUGUACCUGCGAAGCGCCUUCAUCUCGCUAUCCGCUCUGGCCGUUACUGCCAGGGAGCUGCCCAAGGAUGAGGAAGCUGGGGCCCGCCUGUACGACAGCGGCAUCAAGCACAUGAACAACAUUGCGCUCAAGGAAGAAACUUUCGCCCGUCAGGAAGCUGCUGGUGCCUAUGAAUCUUCGCAGUACGCCGAGAUUGCCGAUGUCGUUACCUGCUCCAAUGGUACCGCCGAGGUUGGCUCCGACUCCUUCAAGUGCUCAAAUAUUGACCUGCUCCACUUCCUUCCCCACUCCGACUUGGGAAGCGUUCGUGGCUUUGGCUCCUCCUCUUGGGGAUGGACCAGCGCAGAUGGUCGCGAGUUUGUGGCCAUUGGUCAGUCUGAUGGUGCUGCUUUUGCCGAAAUCUCCACCGAAGGCAAGCUCAUCUACCUCGGUCGUCUCCCUCACGCCUCAGUCCCAAGCAAUUGGAGAGAGAUCAGGUCGCACAAUGACUUUGUCAUCAUCGGCAGCGAGGCCCAAGGGCACGGCAUUCAAAUCUUCGACUGGAAGAAGCUUCUCGAUAUCGACCCGGCCAAGCCUGUUACCUUCGACAAGAUCAAGGACCUUGUUGGUUACUACGACAAGCUUCCUAGUGGCCGUACGCACAAUGUUGUGACUAACCCCGACGGCGACUACAUUUACUCGGUCGGCGCUCAACCAAGGACGGAUGCCUGCAAGAUGGCUACGUACACGAUGCUCAGUGUGUGA